AUGGCCUGCUGCACCACCAGCUUCUGUGGAUUCCCCAGCUGCUCCGGCGGGACCUGUGGGCACAGCUGCUGCCAGCCCAGCUGCUGCCAGCCCUGCUGCUGCCAGCCCUGCUGCUGCCAGCCAACCUGCUGUGGGACCGGGUGUGGGACCGGCUGUGGCACUGGCUGUGGCCAGAGUUGUGGCUGUGGAGCUGUGAGCUGCCGCACCAGGUGGUGCCGCCCUGACUGCCGCGUGGAGGAUACCUGCCUGCCCCCCUGCUGUGUGGUGAGCUGCACCCCCCCAACCUGCUGCCAGCUGCACCAUGCCCAGGCCUCCUGCUGCCGCCCGUCCUACUGUGGACAGUCCUGCUGCCGCCCUGCCUGCUGCUGCUACUGCUGUGAGCCCGCCUGCUGCCAGCCCAUCUGCUAA